AUGUCACGUUACAGCAACGGAGGAAUUUUUAACCCUGCUUACCAUGAAAGUCAAACCCUGGAAAUGGAUAAGAGGUCCUCCAGCAAGUCCCAUCACAGCAACCCGUAUGCCAGGGAAGACCCAGCCUGGCAGGGACAGAGGGCAGAGACGGGCCGCUCAUCGAUGGGCCAGACGAGCCAGGACGAUGCCCUGGGGAGAGUGCCCUGGGGCGGCUGGCAGGAGGGGAGCUGGAGGGGCAGAGACAGCAUCCCCAUGGGGCUGCUCUCAACACGACCUGAGAGCCCGGCGUGGCAGCAUGAACACAGCCACAGUACAUUCCAAAUAGACCCAGUGGCUCAGUAUGAUGCAUCACCGCCUGUACAACUUCCAACCGCAUUUUCAGGUAACAUGACGAUGCGAAGGAGAGGAAUGACAAUGAGGAGGAUGAGCAUGUUUGUUGGGGCUGAUCCGGCCCAUCUAGCCCUCACAGAGGAUGCCAUCAGGAGCGAAAUGGAGAAUGAGGAACAAAACCUGGUCAAAGAACUUGUUGCCCUGUCAACACGCGACCGAAUCCGGGCCAUUCGAGACCUUCCAAUGAGCUUUGAGGAAAAGAAACACAUCAGGAGCCAAGUCCUGGCUUUUAAGUCUUCCAAGCAGUCUCACCAGUUCACAUGUUUCACAGACUGCUCCGAGAACGUCUCACUGUCUCUCCGCAGGUGCGGCUCCGGCAUGACAUCAGCCAGGCAGACUCUAGAGCUGUGGCAAGGCACCAUGAAGGAGAUUGGUGGCAAGUUUGGCACCAGUGUGCUCUCCUACUUCCUGUUCCUCAAGUGGCUGCUCAUGUUCAAUAUCUUCUCCUUUCUGGUCAACUUUGGGUUCAUCACCAUCCCACUGCUUGCAUCUGAUCAAGCUCCAGACAUACCACAAGGCGUGACCUUCAGGGGCCUGGAGAUACUGACUGGGGCUGGUUAUUUCAACUACACUGUCAUGUACUAUGGUGGCUACAGUAAUGAAACAAUCAAAGGCCUGCUGGACUACAACAUGCAGCUUUCUUAUUUCUUCACCAUAGCUGCCUACAUGGUGCUGUGCGGAUUCUCACUUAUCUACAGCAUGGCAAGCUCAUUCAAGAGAAACUAUGUACUGGCAGACCCAGCUUCAGGCGGUGCAUGGCAGCUUCUGUGCAGCUGGGAUUUUAGCAUAACCAGUGAGAGGGCUGUGAGACAGCGCAAAAACAACCUUCGUAUCCAACUUAAGGAGUCUUUAUCAGAGAGGGCCCAAGAGGAGCUUCUCACACUCUCAGAGAGGCUGAAGCACUAUGGGGUUUACCUGGGUUCCUGGUUCCUGUCCACUGCCCUGGCAGCUGGCUGUGGAGCUACUGUCUACUAUCUGUGCCAAUAUGAGGAGGAGGUACGUAGAACUGAUGCUGCCAACUGGUCUCUGCUUCAAGAGGCAGAGACUCUGCUGGUUCCCUUCAUGGUGUCUCUGAUAAACCUGGUCAUCCCGCUAUUCUACUCUCUCUUCAACAAGUUUGAGCACUACUCCAACCAGCGGAGACAAAUCUAUGCUCUUGUGCUCAGAAAUGUCAUCCUUAAGGUGUCUGUUCUGGCUAUCCUGUGUUACUACUGGAUGAACACAGUGGCUAAGAAGUACUCAUGUUGGGAGUCCAUGGUUGGACAGGCUUUGUACCGCUUGGUCAUUGUUGACUUCCUCUUCCUCAUUUUGGGAUCCUUCUUUGGAGAGUUUCUCAGCAAUGUGAUUGGAACCAGGCUGAUACUAAGUCUUGGGGUUCCAGAGUUUGAUGUGGCCAGGAAUGUCCUCGAGCUCAUUUACGCACAGACUCUGGCUUGGAUUGGCAUCUACUUCUCUCCUCUGUUGCCUGUCAUCCAGAUCAUCAAAUUUUUUAUUUUGUUUUACCUGAAGAAGGUAAGCCUGAUCCAGAACUGCCAGCCUCCUCGGAGAUCAGGAAGGGCAGCUCAGAUGCAAACUAUCUUCAUCGCGCUCCUCUUCAUCCCUUUCUUUGUGGGCGCUCUGUCCAUGGUUGCAUACACCUCCUGGAGCCUGACCCCCUCAGAGCACUGCGGUCCAUUCAGAGGCCUCAACAACACCUUCAGUGUUGUUGUUGUCUGGAUGGAUCACCUGGAGAACAUCUCUGGUUCUGAAUGGGCCAUCUGGAUCUACCAGAAAGUCAUCCGGAGCGAAAUUUUCUACUUCCUUAUUACAAUCAUUGUCCUGGUCAUCAUCUACCUCUUCUGGCAAGUCACACAGGGGCGCAAGUUACUUAUUGUGCUGCUACGACAGCAGAUUGUCAACGAAGGGAAAGACAAGACCUUCUUGCUGGAGAAGCUCCAGAGCCUCCAGAAAUCCCAACCUAAUAAAAAGCACAAACUGAAGAAUCAAAAAAAGCACACCAAACGUCGCUCGGAUGACCGUUCCUCAGGUGGUCGGUCCAACUCCAACGUCAUGGUCCAGGCUUUGCUGGAUCAGCAGCGGCUGGAGGCUGAGGAGGAGAGGAGGAGCUUUAGAGGAGUUCCUGUUCCCUCUGACAUUUCCACCACUUACGUCACUCAGGUGCGCGGCAUGUCAGUGUAUCAGAGGACCGCGGACGAACAGGAUGGACAUUUCCACAGGAUGCCCGUACCUACAGAGCACCUGUCGUCCUCCAGUGCCCUCGAACAGGCCAUGCAAGCCAGACAGAGAGCCGAGGUUCAAGAAAGGGACCAGUACAGCCAGGCAGCAGAUUUUACAGACAACCCCCUGUCCAGCUCCAGCUCCAGCGCUGUGCUGCAGGUGAUGCAAGCCAGACAAAGUGCAGAGGGGUACUACAGGCAAGCAGACAAUACAGACAACUUGGCAUCCUCAAUGUCGAGUGUAAUGAUGAAGGUUAUGCAAGCAAGGCAGAGAGCAGAAGAGGAGGAGAGUGUUUACAGGGUGCCUGCUGCUCCACAGAACCCAGCUCCCCCAGUGUCCAGUGCUCUCAUACAGGCCAUGCUUGCUCGACAGCAGGCCCAGAAUGAGUAUGAUGAUGGCUACUGA